AGAAUCUAGAUGGCAGAUCCAGAGCCGAAACACCCGUAUGUGACAUCUAAAAAUGCUAAAAUUCACUGGUGGUUCAGUAUUGCAGUGGGGGUCAUGUCAACGGUACAGAUAAUCCUGGGUAUAAUAAUAAAUGAGAUGCAGAUAAAGGAGAUAGUAAGAAUGAGAAACACGGAUGCUAAUAGGUACUGGGAAGGAUUUGAUAACUGGUACUUUGCAGAUCACGUUUAUGUCGGCUGUGCGGGAAUAAUCUUGGCUCUUCUUGGUUUCUCAGUUUAUCGUUAUCGAUCAAGGUCUAAUGGAAUAAUACUAUCUGUGAUGUGUUUCUUCUCUGGUUUCAUCAUCUACCCCGCUGCUGCUAUCUUGGGCGGGUUACUAACUGCAGGAGAUCAAACAGGAAUCAACAGUCUGAGAGGCUUUUCAGCCGUUUAUACGGCUCUCCAGGCAAUUGUCAUUAUAGCCUGGGCUUUCUACUCCGCUACACAUACGUGCUGUAACUCGAAUGUGAAGACUCAGAUCCGUCUAAACAUUCAAGGACAGGGAUCUGCCGUUGGGCCACAACAGCAGGUUGUGUACGUUCAAGGUAAUCCUGGAGGCCAACAACAAUAUAUUCAACAAGGAGCACCACAAUAUGCUCAACAAGGAGCACCACAAUAUGCUCAACAAGGAGCACCACAAUAUGUUCAACAAGGAGCACCACAAUAUGCUCAACAAGGAGCACCACAAUAUGUUCAACAAGGACCCACCACAAUAUGUUCAACAAGUCCAGGUUCCAGCUCAAGUUCAGCACACUGCUCCUCCUGCAGCCACACCAGAUUCCAUCCCUCCUGCCUACCCCGAAAAUUUUAGCAUUGUUUACAACUCGGGUGUAAUUUAAAAGUGACAUUUUACAAUUUUAAAACACUUUAAACUGUAGCAAAGCCCUUACAUUUUCUACGGGUUUUUUAGAAUUCGCCUUUUUUCUCUAGUAGUUGUACAGCAAUAUUUAAGCGGUUUUGGGCUACUGGGGACCCCCACCAAAUUUGUAUUUCAACUAUACAGAAGUAAUCCCGAAAACACCACCCCCUGCCUGACCAGGGGAUUUCCCUUUUUAAAUUUCACAAAAACACGAAUGCGGGUAAAAAGGGAUAAACGUUUCAAAACUCUUAAAUUUGGGCCCCUUAAAAAAACCGUCUUGUUAAACCCACAUCCCUUUGGAGUGAGAUUCUUUCUUCAUGUCUAUUUUUUAGAAAUUUCUAAUUUUAGGGGUUUUGUAAACCUUCCGGGACGUUAAAAAAUUUUAAAAAUAUGUUUAAUCCCUUUGGCUUGAUUUUUCGUGCCCGCCCCCCCCAGCUUCGGUCCGUGCAUGAUCGCCCCACCCCUAAACACCCAAGGGUAUUAUGGAUCAUAUUUAGAGUUUUUUUAAAGUUAAUUUUGAAACAUAUCUUUUAAAGACAGUUCAUAUCACCAACUAACUAUUGGAGUUGUUUUACGAGUUUUAACAGUUUACGAGUUUACGAUUACGAGUUUUAAACGAGUUGCCCUUGCGAUUUGUCUUAUUAUUUUCCGUAAAAUUGUUUCCCCAUUAUCAAAACCAAAUAUUUCAAAGUUUUCCUAUAAUGUAUGAUGUGCAUUUAUUUUAAACCCGGAAAUCAUAAAAAAAAAACCUUUCUUGUUAUUUGAUCUUGGAAGAAAAAUUUAAAUAUUUUAAAACCCUUUAAAGAUCAAAAUACAAACUAUUUAAAUGAUGUAAAAAACUUUUUUUGAUUUGUAUCCCAACUAUAAUUAUACUUC